GUUUGAGUCAUCCCUCCUACUCUGAAUAUAUAGAUCCUAUAUCUACAUAGAUAUUUCUUCAAAUCACCUCCAACUUGCUUGCUUGCGUAGUGUCCAAAACUUGAGGUAAUCAAUCAUCUUCAAACUGCUGAAACAACACUCUCCAAAGGUAACAUUUUGCUCCCGAUCAAUGCACCACAUCUAGAUCUUCCAUUAUUUCAACCUAAUUCACCACUUUUAUUCAAGUUUCAGUAGUUUUUUUGUUCCCGAUCUAGAACGUAAUCAGGUUAAAUUUUGCUUGCCUGAUCUCAUUUUAGGGUUAUAGUGUUGUUAGAUGGCUUCAUUUGUUGAGGAUACUGAUGAAGAUUUUUUUGAUAAAUUGGUGAAUGAUGAUGAUGAUAAUUACAAACCGACUGCGUUAUCCGAGAGUAAUGUUGUUGAUGUUAAAGGAUUUGGUAAUUUGAGUAUUAGUGAUCUGAGAGCUGGAGUUGAAGAUCUGGAUAAAUCUGCUACCAUUGCCGGUAUAGAACCGCAUGAUCUAGUUUCAUCAAAUUCGGUCACAUUGAAUAGUGUUAGUGAAGAAUCUGUUGAUGAUACAUUUAAGUUGGAGGAACCGGUGGAUUUUGCGGAGAGUGAGAAUCCGAGUCAUGGAAUCGGUGGUGUCAAAGAUGAAUCUGGCAAUGCUGGCAGUAUAGAACCGAAUCGUCUUGUUUCAUCGAAUUCGGUUACGUUGAGUAGUGUUAGUGAAGAGCCUGAUAAUGGUGGAAUACGGUUGGAGGAACCGAUGAAUUUUGCGGAAAGUGAGAGUCAGAAUCAUGGCGUUAAAGAAGUGCAAUGGAGUAAUUUCGGUUCUGGUUCUCUGGAGAAUAAUUUUGAUGCGUUUGGAUCGGAUCCUGACUUCUUUAAUGAACUUGGAGAUGGUUCGUUUGAUCAGAUAGGGAAAGAGGAUGGUUUUAUUAAUGGUGAAUCAAACAGUGUGGUUGAUAAUUCAUCGCAGGUGAAAAAUGUUAAUGAUUACUCACAACAAGUUGAAUUCAAUCAUACGGGUUCUACGAAUGUUAAUAGUAGUCAAUACUGGGAGAAUCUUUAUCCUGGAUGGAGGUAUGAUGCGAAUACUGGGCAAUGGUAUCAAGUAGAUGAAAGUUAUAAUGAAGCAUCAUAUGUACACGGGGCUAAUAACACAGAUUCGGCUUCUGACUGGACUGCUUUGAGUCAGAAAUCGGACGUUUCUUACUUGCAGCAAUCUAUCCAAUCUGUUGUGGGAAGUGUAACAGAGACGGGAAAGACUGAAAGCGUUACAAAUUGGAAUUCGGUGUCUCAAUCAAGUCACGAUAAUGAGAGUUCAUCGAACUGGAACCCGGGUUCGCAAGAUGUUAAUACGGUGUAUCCGUCACAUAUGGUUUUUGAUCCGCAAUACCCUGGUUGGUAUUAUGAUAUGAAUACGCAAAACUGGUGUUCUUUGGAUGAUUAUAAGUCACAAUCAGCUGGUGUCGCUCAGGAUCUGGUCAACCAAAAUGGGUUUGGUCAAACUAAUACUUAUUAUAAAGAUGACCAGAAAACAUAUAGUGGGCAGGAACAAGAUUAUAACUGGAAUGGUUCUUUUAGCAAUGCUCAACAGGGUUCAACUACUUGGCAACCUAAAGUCGUUGACAAUAGUGCCCCUAUUGAAGACUUUAGAAACAACCAACAAGUGGCUAACCAUGUUGGUCAACAACAAUCUUAUGAUUAUGCAAGAACAACCGCCAAUGUCAAUAAUGGGUUUCCUGGAUCACAAUCGUUUGUUCCCCAUAGUCAGCCAUUCGGCCAGCCUUUGGAGCAAAGUGAGACGAUGAAUGUCCAAAAGGCGUAUGGCAAUGAGAAUCAGUUAAGCUAUUUGCAGCAGCCCGUUCAAAGUGGUCAUCAAAUAUCUUAUGCAUCUAGUGCAGGAAGGUCGUCGGCUGGCCGCCCUCCUCAUGCAUUGGUUACUUUUGGUUUUGGUGGGAAACUGAUUGUGAUGAAAGAUAGUACUGAUCUCGCAAAUGCGUCCUAUGGAGGCCAGGAUACAAAUUCGGGGUCAAUUUCAGUUCUUAGCUUAGCAGAAGUUGUCACCAGAGGAGCAGGUGUACAUGACUAUUUUCAAACUCUCUGCCGGUAUCCAUUUCCUGGUCCACUGUCUGGCGGAAAUGUUGGCGGUAAAGAGUUGAACAGAUGGAUUGAUGAUAGGAUUACACGCCUUGAAACAUCUGAUGUUGUAGAUCAUAACAAAGGUGAAGUUCUAAGAUUGCUCCUUUCCCUGCUGAAAAUAGCUUCACAGCAUUAUGGCAAAUUGAGAUCUCCUUUUGGCUCAGACGCUAACUUAAAGGAAAAUGAUGCUCCUGAAGUAGCUGUUGCUAGACUGUUUGCAUCCGUGAAGAGCAGUGCAGAGUACAACAAUUAUGGUGCUUUUCCGCAAUGCUUGCAACAAGUACCUUCAGAAGGACAAACUCGGGAAACUGCUGCUGAAGUCCAAACUCUGCUUGUAUCUGGUAGAAAGAAAGAGGCUCUUCUGCGCGCACAAGAGGGUCAACUGUGGGGACCUGCACUUGUUCUUGCAGCACAACUUGGUGAUCAGUUUUACGUGGACACGGCUAAGAAAAUGGCUCUUGCCCAGUUAGUACCGGGAUCACCUUUGCGGACAUUAUGCCUACUUAUUGCUGGUCAACCAGCAGAUGUGUUUGCUGCUGAUGCCACAACCGACGGUGGCAUCCAUGAUGCUGUAAAUAUAUCCCGACAACCUACACAGGCUCAAUCUAGUGGUAACAGUAUGCUUGAUGACUGGAAGGAUAAUUUGGCAGUGAUCACUGCCAACAGAACAAAAGAUGACGAAUUGGUGCUCAUUCAUCUCGGAGAUUGUUUGUGGAAGGAAAGGAGUGACAUUAUUGCUGCCCACAUUUGCUACUUAGUUGCAGAAGCAAACUUUGAACCAUAUUCAGACAGUUCUAGAUUGUGUCUCAUUGGUGCAGAUCACUGGAAUAAUCCCCGUACAUAUGCCUCCCCGGAGGCUAUUCAGAGGACAGAGGUGUAUGAAUAUUCAAAGCUGCUUGGAAACUCUCAGUUCACCUUGCUACCUUUUCAACCUUAUAAACUUAUUUAUGCGCACAUGUUGGCUGAAGUCGGAAGAGUGACAGACUCGUUAAAAUACUGUCAAGCGAUAACUAAAUCCUUAAAAACCGGACGAAUUCCCGAGGUGGAAACAUGGAGACAAUUGGUUACAUCAUUAGAGGAUAGAAUAAAAAUUCAUCAACAGGGUGGGUUUUCUACCAACUUAGCUCCUGGUAAAAUAGUUGGAAAAUUGCUCAACCUAUUUGAUAGCACUGCACAUCGUGUUGUUGGUGGCACACCGCCACCUGCCCCAUCAACAUUUGGCGGCAGCGCGCAAAACGACCAUCAUCAACAACCACAGAAGGGUCUUAGGUUUCUAACUAGUCAAUCAACAAUGGCGAUGUCAUCCUUGCUGACAUCACCGUCUAUGGAGCAAAUUAAUCAAGGUGAUGGAAACAGAAGGAUGUUGCAUACCCGCAGUGCUUCAGAACCUGAUUUUGGUCGAUCUUCUAAGCAGGACGACACAUUAAGAGAAAACUCGACUGAUUCACAAAGAAAAGCAUCUGGAAAUACUUCACGGUUUGGUCGCUUUGCUUUUGGCUCUGGGAUUUUACAAAAGACAGUGAGUAUGGUUCUAAAGCCUCGUCAGGACAAACAGGCGAAAUUGGGUGACACCAAUAAAUUCUAUUAUGACGAGAAACUUAAAAGAUGGGUGGAAGAAGGCGUUGAUUCGCCAGCAGAGGAAGCAGCCCUUCCUCCACCUCCAACUUUCCAGAACGGAUCACCAGAUUAUAGCUUAAAAACUGCUUUAAGAACUGAUUCUAUGAGCAACGGGAGCUCCCAAUUUGCAAACCCGACUCCCCCUAGUCAUACUUCAGGAGUUCCACCGAUUCCAGCCACCACAAACCAUUUUUCUGCACGUGGAAGAACAGGGGUUCGAGCAAGGUACGUUGAUACGUUCAACCAAGGUGGUGGAAACCCUACCAACUUAUUUCAAUCACCUUCUGUUCCGACCAUCAAACCUAAGACGAGUUCCAACCCGAACCCAAACUUCUUUGUACCCACAGCUGCCCCCGCACCCGAACAACCAGCAGCCGAUAUCGCUCCUGAUAACUUGGAACAACACACGUCUGGUAACCAACCUCCCUUUACAUCCAGAACCAACCAAUCAGCAACGGGCAUGCAGAAAUUUCCAUCAAUGAAUGACAUGUCAAACGAAGGAUCAUUAUCAACAUCGACAUCAACAUCCACAUCAUCGUUCGCCUAUGAUCCCAUAUCACGAAGAACAUCAUCAUGGAGUGGAGGUUUGAAUCAAAAUCUUUCGGUAUCUGGUUACAACAGUGAACAAAAAGCAGUUGGAGGGAUGCCUCGGCAUACGUUUAUGCCAAACCAUACUGGUUUUACACACUCGUCAAAUGAUGAUCUCCUGGAAGUUGAACUUUAAAGCGCAUAAGCUCUCUUGUUGUAAAUUGAUAGGUUUUGCUAAAUUAUAGAGUGGUGGUUCUGCAGAAAUAGCAGAAAAAAGAGCUCCCACCAUAUAGUUCAUUUGUUGGUUCUUGCAGGAAGAAGCUACGCACCCCGAGGGGCAUUUUGGUAAAAUGGACGAGAUGGUGACUGUAAGGGGCGUUCGUUUCUGAACCAAUAAUAUGGUGAGAACUGUGAGAACGCAUAAAUCAUCUGUACCUGUUACUUCGAAUGUGUUUUAUAUUGAUUAUAAAUGUAAUUGUAAUGUAAUGAGAGGGUUUGAAACUUGAAAUACACAAUUAUACACAAUACCAACAUAUUUUAUUAUUUUUUUACCCACUCAAGGCAAUGCGUCUUCUUAAUACA